AGAUCUGCAGCAGGAAAUCUAGCUACAAGCGGAAGUGAUACACAAAACAAAUGAUACACUUCCGGUUUAACUCGCGCGCGGUAUUUGAGCGAGUAAUUUCUGCUUUCUGACAGCGGACCGUCGGUAGUUUCUUGGGUACCACAACUUUGGUUGAGGGAUGGACGGCGACAGAAUGGAGGUGGGAAACCAGAAACAAAACAUCAACGUGGAGGUCCAUGUUAAAUCUCACAGCACAGCUAAACUGUCCGAAGUGAGGAUCCACAUACUGGCUCUUCUGAAUCGCCACAGCAUGGUUUUUGGAAACUACAGAUGGACAGAGUUUGAUGAGGACUACCUGCAGAAACAUGUGGAGUCUGUGGCUAUAGUUGAUGUUGAGGAAAUGGUUACACAGCCCCUUGAUUUGAAUAGCUGCUCUAUCUCCACUCACAUCUUCACUCUGAAUGAGGAUGGACCCAGCACGCUCAGUUUGGAGGAGGAUGAGGAGCUUUCAGCAGCCAAUCACUGGUUGCUGCCAGCAGCUGAAUUCCAUGGGAUAUGGGAGAGUCUGGUAUACGAGAGCGGAGUAAAAACCCAGCUCCUGGAUUAUGUCACAACAACAAUUUACUUCUCUGACAAAAGUGUCAACAGCAACCUGAUUUCGUGGAACCGUGUAGUGCUGCUUCACGGACCCCCGGGCACAGGGAAAACAUCGCUCUGCAAAGCUCUCGCCCAGAAGCUGUCUAUCAGACUGUCAAGUCGGUAUUCCUAUGGGCAAUUUGUGGAGAUAAACAGCCACAGUUUGUUCUCGAAGUGGUUCUCAGAGAGCGGUAAGCUGGUCACAAAGAUGUUUCAAAAGAUCCAACAGCUGAUUGACGACAAAGAUGCUCUUGUGUUUGUUCUGAUUGAUGAGGUGGAGAGUCUGACAGCAGCGAGGAGUGCCUGCCAGGCGGGAACAGAGCCCUCUGACGCCAUUAGAGUGGUCAACGCCGUUCUCACUCAACUGGACCAGAUCAAACGACAUUCCAACGUGGUGAUUCUGACGACCUCUAAUGUAACGGACAAGAUAGACUUGGCGUUUGUGGACAGAGCUGACAUCAAGCAGUACAUCGGACCUCCGUCAGAGAAGGGCAUCUACAACAUCUACCUCUCCUGCCUGGAGGAGCUGAUGAAGUGCCAGAUCAUCUACCCCCGGCAGCAGCUGUUUACCAUGUUUGAGCUGGAGACGAUGCGCUUCGCCAAGAGUGAGGUGUCCGAGCACAGUCUGCAACUGAGGAGCAUUGCUCAAAAAAGCAAAGGUUUGAGUGGAAGAGCACUCAGGAAGUUACCAUUUCUAGCCCACGCGCUGUUUGUAAAGACACCAACAGUAACCCUUGAGAGGUUUAUGGAGGCUAUGCACCAAACAGUGGAGAAACAGAGGGAGGAAAAGGCUAAUCUGGUGAAUGGUAUCUGAACUUUUACAAUGCCCAAAGGCAGACACACGGCUGUUCAUGAGCUCUCCCAAGGCUUGUUUGUUUGUAGUUUGGAAAACUACGACCUUUACAUAUUUUUAUAAAGCUUAUUCAAUUAAUUUGGCAGAAAUGUGUUAAAUAUAUUGGUAAGUUAUAUCGUUGUAACAUAAAUGUUUGUUCAGGUUAUUCUGUUGGUGCUGCUGCCUCAAAAGACCAAGAUGCUAUGAGUAUUUGUGGUCUGGUUUAAGAUGAACUACCAAAUGCUUUGUGUUUUCUGCUGUAACAUUUAGCUUUAAACUUAACAGUGCCACCUUUUCUUUGACGGUUCCUUUGUUUAAGGGAUAGUUCGCAUCUGUUUCGGCAUAAGUUACCUUUUGCAAAACACAUUAGCUCAUUCCAUGGACUGUUUUGAAGAUAUCUCAUUGAGAUGUGGAAAUGUUUUAAACUCCCCUUUUCUGCUGUUCAUUUACAAGAUGCUAUCCAACUCCAUCCACAGGAUCUGUAGAAAAUGUUCACGCAAGAUACCGACUUAUGUUGAGAAAUGUGAACUUUCCCUUAAACAUGACAUUUACACUGUCCAUGUGUUUUUAAAAGGGAUGUUCCUCAUAGACCAUCACAUCACAGUUAUAUAUUUAUGUUAACAAGAAAUCCUCUUUAAACUCUCUGGAUUAAUGUGUUCAUUACGACUUUAUUUUGUAUAUAACUUUGUAAUAAACAAUGUAUUUUA